AUGUCCGAGGUAUCUGAGGAAAAUCGAAAGCUUCGUGCAGAUAGAGUGAAAUCAUUUAUACCUCAACAAGUUUACGACACGGCUGGAUUGAGGCUUAGUAUAGAUAAACUGGAAACCAUUGAGACUCAACAAGUCGACGCCACAAUUGAAUUAGAGAACUUAAGUAUUGAAGAAAAGCUGGAAAAAGCAAGAGAGCUUAUAGGCAGUACAACAGUAAUCGGAGAAGUGGUCAAACCAUAUGGACCUUUAGUUAGUUCACUCGCGGAUUCCAUCAGAAGAAUUUACAAUUCGUAUGAACACGCACAGUACAAUAAAAAAAUUAGUAAUGUUUUGCUGGACAGAGUAGAUUGUAUAGCGGCGCCGGUGAAAGCGCUGAAGAGACGAAAAGACAAAAUCGAAAAUUUUCUUAAUCAAGAUUAUUAUAAUUCAUUAAUACGUCUUCUUGCAGUGCUGAAAAAAACUCAACAGUUCAUUACCGACGUGUCUUCUCUCUGGAGCUUACGCAAAUUUCCGACGACAAAAUCUAUUAAAGAUAGAUUUGAAAGAAUUACGAAAGAAUUUGAUGGAGUCAUUAGGGAUCUAAACCUUGAGGUGCGAUCAAAUCUGGAACUGCAAAAGAAAAGAGAUACACAGGCUUUACAUUCAGAUAUUGUCAUAUUAAAUGAGUUUCUGGAAAACAUCGGAAGCCCCAUAACGCCGAAAAAGCAAAUUAGUCCAAUUUUUGAGGAAAUAAUGCUGAUAAAAUCACAUAUAAAUGAGAGCAAUAGCGGUGAAAUAAAAUUAACACAGAUACCACCUAACGAGUUGAUUAAAACUACCCGGCCAAAGGCCAAUGAUCGAUACGGAAAUGUUAUAAAACGAUGUUGGCAAACAGCAGAAACGGAAAAGCUAGUUGCAUGCAAAGUUAUUGAUACAACACCAACUCAAAAAUUCAUGGAUCAACUUGUACUUUUGAACAAAUUAAACAGUUGCUCUAGUCUAAUUAGAUUUUAUGGGAUGUCAUCUUUAGACUGGGGUCCUAUACCAGCUACUGUGAUAGUUUACGAAUGGGCUGAAAUGGGAAAUUUAAAAAAUUUAUAUGAAAAGUUUGUAAUCGAUAUGCCGGCAACAUUUGAAAUUUCGGUUGGGAUUUGCCGUGGCCUUUUGUUCUUGCAUGGGUGUGAUAUUAUGCAUUAUGAUGUUAGAUGUGAGAAUAUUAUGAUCAACGGAGCACUGGAACCCAAAAUUGCAAACUUUCGAUUAUGUCGCCCGAUACAUGACGAUAAAGAAUUUCAGAAUAUAAGCGAUCCCCCUGAACAUUGGAUGGCUCCCGAACAGUUCCGUAAUGAAAAGAGAUCAUCCUAUUAUACUUAUAAAUGUGAAUUAUUCAGCUUCGGAAUGCUUUUGUGGGAACUUGCGCAUGGAAGAAUUCCAUAUAGGGGGUGGGAUGAAUCCAAGAUCACAAAGCAUGUGCUGGCCGGAAACAGAGAGAAAAUUAAACUCGGUCCAUCUUUAAAUACUUUUCGAAUAGACUUUGCCAAAAUCGUCAGAGCCGCAUGGCAAGAUGAUCCACUUCUUCGCCCCGGUCUUUACAAAAUAUUUUUAGACCUAGACAAGCUGCAUAAGGAAUAUCCAUGGAAUAAAAAGUUAAAACCUCUCGAGUAUAAUGAUGAUGAUGAGGUGAUUGCAGUUUUUCCGGAAACUGAUUCCAACACAGAGGAAAUCGAAGAAGAUGAUCUAUUUGACUCCGACAUUAUACUCUUAUCGUCAGUAAGGAAGAGACUUAAAUUAUCAGAGGGCAUAAAAGCUCACGAACGAGGAGAUGAGCAAAAGGCUUGGGAAUGUUUUGAUUAUCAUGCCUCCAUCAACAACCCUCAGGCCAAAUAUUGGAAAGGGUUUUAUCUGUGGGAAGGAAGAUGUGUGAAGAAAGAUCGUACACUAGCCAGUCAGCUUUUCAAGGAAGCAGCAGAUCAAAACCAUCCCGAUGCACAAUUUUUCUAUGCUUCGUCGUUAAUUGAGGAAGGUGUGCUGAGUGAGACUUCGGAGUAUCUACAUUAUAUGACAUUAGCUGCAAACAAUAAUAACGUAGAUGCGCUGUGUCAAAUGGGUGAAAUAUAUUUGGAUGGAAAAUACAACAUCGAAAAAGACGAAGAGAAGGCAAUUCAGUAUUUAAAGUUGGCAGCUCUAAAGAAUGAACAAAGGGCCCUUAAUCGUCUGCAUGAGCUCGGAAUGAAGUUAUUUGAAUAUUGA